AUGCGAAACAGGGGCGUGGAAAUCAGUAUUCCAGCACCUCGCAACACGUUGGACGUGACGUCUCUGUUGAACAGCUGCGGCAUCAGAAGCUUGGACGGUCAAAGGUUGCUCUUGAAAAUCCACGGAACGCUGUACGAUGGUCAGUACAGGCUGAACGAAAUGCUGCAAGCAGCGUCGUUCACCAGCCAGCAAACGUCGAAGGGGUUCUCUUUCGAACAGUCGUUGAGAAAUUCCUAUCGGGAGCUAUGCGGAUCACUCGACGCCAGAUCGAAGCACGAGGCAUUGAGAAAGAUCGAUGAGAUUCUGUCGGAGGUUGCCCGAGACGAGACGCCUGAAUCUUUCCACAAUUUGAACGCAAUGAGCUUGAGGACCAGCGGUCUCAGAAAAAACGCCAGGCUCGCGAUCGUCGAACAGCAAGGAUUCCUUUUGAAAUUAUCUUUGGAAAAGAUGAGCGAUGAUUCAAGAGCACAGAAAAUUGAUUUCCACGAUUUUUUCGAGCAACCUCCCAUCACGGACACAAUGGCAUUCUUCAGGCAGCUCCUGCUCGAUUUUUACGAACGGUCGUCUCUGGAUGACCUGCAGACACGACGACUCUGGAGUCGGAAUAUCCUCCCGCGAAAUAAAUUCAACAAGCUGGCAGAGAUAAACGAGUGUCUUAGCAGCGAAGUUGGAAAUAUGGAAUUUUUAUUCAGGGGCAAGUCAGCCUUCGAGGUCCCGUUGAGUCUGAUCGAACCUCCCACGUCGUCCAACAAUCUGGCUAUCGCGUUGUACUUUCGACUGAUAAAUCUAGAUUGCGAAUCCGAGAGGGACAUUCAGUGGGACAAAGACUCGAUGUGUCUGAAAGAGUACUCGUCAGCUGUUUGCUCCGGAAGGCUGUCGACCAACUUGAAGAACGAGCCACUGAUACUUAAAUUCGCAGAAAUGACCGAUCAGUUUGGAAAGAUCAUCGAGACGAUUCUUCACAGUCGAAAUUUGUCAAUGGACGAUCGAGAGUACGUCGAAUUGCGUGACGGUUUAAAAUGGUACCAAAGAUUCCACCAAAUAGGGGAAAGCAAAUUAAUCGACAAGUCACGAGGAGUGUUUCUCGAUGUACGCGAAAUUUCUUCGCACCUGAAGGUCCACUAUAAGUGGCUGACGAAAUUCUUCAAGAAGCUACUCGCACUGUCGCGCGAUUUAAGGGGGGAACUGGAGUCGUCAGACUUUUUGCAGAAGCAUCUGAACGUGGCGAUCGACGCCGACAAAUAUCGAAAGAUUCGGAAGAGAAUCAAGAAGCUUCUGUUCGUUCGGUCGCCUCAUUUUUCCGAAAGCUCGAUGAUCUUUCACGAGAGGUUGCAGUCCAUCUCGAGGAAGCUGGAGAUCGUCGAAGAAGACUUGAUCGAUUCGCUGAGAACGAAAUUGAAAGUCGUCUCUAUCGGCUCUCCCGAGAAUCUGAUCGCUAGGAAAAGUUUCAUCGAGGUCUGCGUUCAGAGUUUCGAAAAUCCGCGGCAGAACGUGACCGAAGGCACGUUGAAAAUUGAAGAAAUCUGUAAAAACGUUUCAGAAGUCAAAGAAGUCAGCAGAUGCGACGUCAAAGCGAGCGAGAGUUUCUCGGAAAUUGAAAUAUGGCCGAUUUACGAGUUUUUCUUCCUGCUGUUCGCGUAUCGCUUCCAGAGGAGAUUCUGCGACGAAUUUUCAAACGACUUCAAGGAACAGAUGCAUCGAAACUUUGAGAAGAACUCUGACAAGGGAAACCGAAUGUCUGAGACUCUCAUGGAUUGGGAAGAGCCGGGGGAUUUUGUUGAAACAACUGGCGAAAGUUUGGGGAGAAUUUACAAGGAGAGUGUGUUUAGAAAAUUCGAAGAUGUCCCAACGAUACCACCACGUUUGAUAGGUCUGAUAAAGGCUUUGAAUGCCAAUGAAAUUUCAACUAGACGACGGAUCUCUCUGCUCCCUGAAUUGCUAUUCUCUGUCGAGGAGUUUGCAGAAAGAUCCUUCGCUGUGAAAAACUCGAAUAUCCUUCUGCAUUGGUACGACAGCGAGGGAAACGGGCCAGAAGAGAAUUUUAAUAUUUUCCAGACAAACUUCAUCAACAAAUCAUCCCUGUGCGACCUAAUCUUCGAGCUGUUUCUAAGGAAAUCCGGGACCAGAGAGGAAAUGAUCAAUCUUGGAAACUACAAGAACCAGAGAAGACUUUUGCAAACAGUGCAAACGCUUCUAUGGAAGAACUCUUUAAUUUUAAAUUCAGAUGAAUUCAACAUAUCCACCAACGACUCGAUCCUGUUACAAUUUCUCGUUGAUUAUUACCUGUCUGCCGCGAAUAAAGUCACAGACACUUCCCCCUUGGAAUUAAACACCGAGGAGCAAAGUCAUCUGGAAAAUCGUUUCUUCAAGCCGAUGAGAUUGUUGGGAGAGAUCAAAGGAAACCUGGAACGUGGGGACAACGUGAUCGAACGAGGGAACGGAUGGUUGAUCCUAGGAUAUCUGCAGAUAUUUCUCUUCUGCGAUCUAGGGCCCAUUGAUCCGGUUCAAAAGAUCGCCUUGAAAUCGAAAUACAUACAAGAGAAUAUUUCCGAACUGGAGCAUUUAAUGCGGGUUGAAGAUCUCCAGUCUGUCAUCCUUGGAACCUCCUUGUCCAAGGAGCGAAAAGUAUCGAGGAUCGAUCACUUGAGGGCGUUAUCCAGCGAGGCGAGAAGCUUUGAGAACAUUCAGGCAGUCAGGCCGUCGUCGAGCUUUCAAAAUUUAAGGGACGAGAUAGAGAACUUCUCCAGCAACGUAGGCUCGUUCGAAUCGAUAUUUAAACAAGUCAGACAAUCUAAAGAACUGGCUGAACAAAUGCGAAAAGGGGAAUCGCAGGAAUCUCACAGAGAAAAGUUGCACGAAGCUAUAAUCUGGAAGAGAUCGUUGGAAAGGUUCUCUGGUAAAUUGGAAAAGAACUUUCUCGUUGGCUUCCCCGAUCUGGUUUCACCGGUGAUCUCUGCGGUUUCCAAUUUACAUCAUGGUUUGUCAAUCUUAAUCCACGAACUUUCGAGCAGAGAGCUCCGAAAUUCGAACAGUGAUGUCUGUUACAGUUUGUUACGUUUCCCCGUCGUUGGCCCGUGCCAGGAAAAUUACAUGAACUUGGCGAGACUGUGCUCUUCAGAGAAGCUGAUCCUCAUUCUGACAAAACAACUGAAAUCAAAGACCGUUCAAAAGGACAGAUUUGCAAUGGCCAAAAUUGCACUGAAGGAACUUGAAAAUUUAUCUCUGGUUAGGAAUGAUGUGAAGUCACUGUGGGAAGAAUUGAACAAGAUAUUUCUCAAAAUCAGAGUCCUGUGGAGGGAGCAAGAGAAGCAAAGGGAAGAACAGAUGAAAGAAAAAGAAAGUUUAUUUAAAAUUAAGUCUGCGAAGGAAGAAGAGGAGUCGGAUUUUAGGAAUAUGUUCCCAGGCUAUCAACAGGACUUCUUGGAGCUUGCAGAAAUGUUCCCAGAUACCCAUCAAGACCUCUCACAGCUCCAGAAUGUUUCAGAAGAUAUUUCCAGCGACAAAGAAUCGUUCGUCGAAGUGAUAUCUAUGAAGGACGCUAGGGAAAUUCAGGAAAUUCAUUGGAAUAUCUUGAGAAACUGUUCCCCUUGUGAUAGCAAUUUGAAACAUCCUUCAAUGAUUGUUUCGAGAAGAUCUAGAAACAAUUUGAAAAGUACUGAAUCUAAUUUAGAACCCAAUUUCAUUGAGCCUUUGAUCCAAAGACUGGAAUUGCUAGGAUCCUCGGUGAAAACUUGGCCAGAGAACUUGUCUUCUCAGCUGGUGUGCUGCUUAAAUGUAUUAAUUUCUGAAAGAUCCAACUUCGACAAUGGAAAUAAUGAUAGAGAGGUCUAUGAUUUCUACAAAGAUCCAAAUAUUCCAGAGAUUGAACAGUGCCAACCACUCUUUGAUCGGCUUUGCGAGAAGAUCAGCGAGUUUUUGAAGGAAUGGCCUGAAAAUCCCAUUUUGAAUUCCAUUAAACUGAUUAUCGACAGACUCAUCAGCUUUUCCAUCGAUUCUUCACUGUCUAGAUUUCUGGUCGGUGUGGAAUUGCUGCUGACAAAAAUUAAACAAUGGGAAGAGAACGCUCGUUUCGACGUCAGUCUUGCAGAAUUUAUCGAAUCUUUCGGUGAGAAGGUACUUUGUUGGCGUAAACUUGAGAUAUCAAGGUGGAAGGACUCGUUGGAAGUACUUGAGGAUGACUUGAAAACUUGGGCAUCAAAGUGGUGGUUCUUUUUGUUCAAUUUGAUAGACCAGUAUCUUGCAGAAAGUAUUGAAAAUAUUGAAGCACCUAGUAAAUCUGACAAUAUUUCGAAAGAAAAGGUGAUCGAAAGUUUAGAACGUUUUUUGGUGGAAUCGUCUUUGAUCGAAUUUGAAACGAGACUUCAAUUAGUCUACCUCUUUUAUCAACACGUUGACCAUCUUGAAGAAACAAAGAGACAGAAAGAAUUGCUAGCCAUUUUCUGGAAUAUUUACUUCUAUUACAGUCAGUUUCUUGAUGAUGUUCAAAAUAAAAUUAAGGUCCUGAAAGAACCUAUUGCCAAGAAGUUAAAAGACACCAUCAAGAUCACGAGAUGGAACGAUAUAAGCUAUUGGUCUGUGAAGAACACAGCUGAGAAGACACGCAGAACGUUGCACAAAUUUGUCAAGGAAUUCCGGAAAGGUUUGGAGCAGAACGUCGCGUCUUAUUUAACCCUGAAGACAAAAGUAGAGAGCUCAGUGGAGACGAGUUCCAGGGGAGAGCUCAGACCUUCAGAUUUCUUGGUCAGUUUUGAGUCGAGAAAGUUGCAAAAGAUGGAGAAACUGGCUGGCAAGACUCGUCAGUUCUGUGAAAAUAUUAUUGAAAGAACUGGUUACUCUCAGAUUCGACGGGACAUUGAAACUUUUGUAGAAGAGAGCCUCGAGGAAAGCAAACGACUGAGAAGCUUGGAAGUCGACAAGACCUUGACAAAAGGCAAGCAACAAGCUCAAUUGAAAAGCUUGCUUCAGCAAAAGAAACUGGCACUAGCAAAUUAUUUCAAAGCGUUGAGUGGGCUCGGAGUUUCAUACAGAAUUGGCAUUUUAACUUGGAAAAAUAGAAAGAGUGAGAUCACUAACUUCACCUGUGUGCCCUUGGACUUGCAAGGGAUGCAAAGCUUUGAAUUUAAAAGCAAGUAUGUAAAUAUAGACAAAGGGCUGUUUGAACAAUGGUCUGGUUGUAACAAGUAUUAUUAUGAAUCCUUAGUUAAACUGAACUUUCUCGAUGGAAUAUUAAAUUCUGGGAAGGGUAACCUGGACAUGCAAAACGCUGAACGUUGUCAUGGCUUUUCAGUCCACCUUGCACUGCUAGCUCAUCGUCAGAAGGAAACGAUCGCGAACUUCUUCAAACGAUUUCUUCCAUUUAGAAUUCAAGUAUCAAACCUCGCGCUGAUGGUGGAAGAUGUGACUAGAGAGACAGAAUCUGGGAAACUUGAUGCUCCUGUGCAAAGAAACUUACACACUGGCAUGAACAAUUUGCAGGAAUUGUUAGAAGUGUUACAAAUAACUAUGAAACAGAUUGUGAUUUUCCUGGAGAGUUGCCCGACGGACUCUCUCGCAGAGGAGAACCAUCUUGAUUUAAAUGAAACUGCAGUACCUGUUCUGAGAGAGGGUAACGUUCCAAAAACUUCAGUAACAUCUAUGAAAGAUAGCUUGAGCUUGAUCAAACAUAUGGCAGUUAAAUUAAAUUCAUGGGUCACAGUCUCAAGGGAAAUUGAAAAGUUUGGUCAAGUUUUCUUAUUUCAUCGGAAGCACGUCGAGUUUUUGCAACUGAGUUACCUAGAAAUCAAUGAAAUAAAAAGGAAACUAGUUGACCUGAGAUGUUCCUUCACGCUGGAUCAUCCCAUUAGCGAAAAUUUGAAUUUCUUAAUCGAGAAGAUUGAAAGUAGUGAUGAAUUAUUCAAAUCAGCAUCGACAAUAGAACAGUCUGCGGAAUCUGGAGAUCCAAGUGAAUAUAAAGUUAAAUUGGACAAAUUGGUUACGCAAAUUCUGCUUGUCAUUCAAAAGAAACUUCAAGACAGUCAGAAGUUAAUUGAAGAAAGGAAUGAUCUUGAGAAAGAAUCGUCUGGAAGUUUUGAAGAGAAUCUGAUGACGGAGAGAUUAAUAGAACCUUUGAAGAAAGUUGUUCCAGACUUACGGCUAAACACCAUGUCGAAAACACUAGGGGAAUUAUUGCAGAUUAUUUCUGAAUGUGACCAAGUGGCAUCCUUCCGCCUAACUUGCAAAUUUCUCUAUCUUCAACUGAAUGUCUUCCUAGACUUGGCUACCAACGGCUUUUGUCAGCCAGAGAACCUGGAUACUCCUGAAGAUGAUCAAGAGGGCGGUGGCACAGCCGAAGGAGGAAUGGGAUUGGCUGAUGGCGAAGGUCAAAAAGACGUUUCAGAAAGGAUUGAAACGGAGGAUCAGUUGGAGGAAGCCAGAAAUCCAAACGAAGAGGAGAAGGACAACGAAAGGAAGGAUAUAGAAGAGAGCGAGAAAGGUAUAGAGAUGUCGGAAAAUUUCGAAGGCCACAUGCAGGACCUCGAGCAACGCGAAGAAGAAGAAGAAAAUGACGAGGAAGGCGACGAUCUCGACAAAGAAAUGGGCGAGACUGACGAGACUGCGGAGAAGCUCGACGAGGAGAUUUGGAAAGACGAGGAGGAGGAGGAGGAGGAGAACGAUGAUGAAAAUGAAGAUAAAGGAAAUGAGAAGGAAGAGAAGGGAACUGGUGAAAAGACUGGGCAAGAACAACUAAGUGCAAAAGACACCGAUGAAGAGAGAGAAGGUGAUGGUGAGAGGAAGGAAAAUGAAAGGAAAGAAAUCAAUGAGUUUGAAGAACCAGAAGUGAACGAGGAUCAAGUGGAUCCCUACCAUGGACAAAAUCAACCAGAGAUAGAGCCAGAAUCCUUUGAACUUCCAGAGGAUUUCAAUUUGGAUGAAGAAACGAAAGAGGAUAAUCCCGAGGGCGAGGAAGAAAAUCCUUUUGACAUUGAUCAGAUGAAAGAGUCGACAAUCCCAGAAGAAAAGGAAGAUGGGUCUGAAAAUAAAGAGGAGGAAGAUAAACCCGAGGAAGAUAAACAACGGGAUUCUAGCGAUGAAGACGUUAAUGAAGAAGAAGAAGAAGAAGAAGAAGAAGAAGAAAAAGAAGGAGAAGAAAAUAAAAAUAUAGAUGCUGACAAAAGAAGGAGUGAGAAAGUUACGAAUCCUGAAAAGGAUAAAGAGAAUGAUACAGAAGAGGAAAAUAUAGAGGAGGAAAGUCGAACAGAGGAAGAUAAAGCACCGCCUAGUUUUGACACAGGGAGUAAGGAAAUCGAUGCCUCGCAAGAAGUUGAAUCUCGAAAAGAUGGAUCUAGAGAUGCAGUAGAGAGUCAGUCAAAUGAAGAACAAAUGGAGAUAGAUCCUACUGAUGAAACUGGUACUAAUGAUAACAAAAAUAAUGGAACUGGCCAGUCACAAACGGAAGAACGCGAAGGGCAUUCUGGAUCUAAGCAAGAAGAGAACGUUCCCAUCUCUGGCAAGGAGAGAUCCUCGAAACCUGUUCAAAAACGAAGAAAGCCAGGUGAAAGCGACGAAAAUCGUAGUUUACUCGACAGUGAGACUCAACCUUCGGCAAAGAAAUUAAAAACCACUGCAAUGCAGGAUCUAGAUAGUCAGGAAGAACGAGAGAAAGAUGAAGGUGUCGGUGGUGAGAGCGAGACUUACGAGCACAUUAAAAAUUCAGAGGAAUUCGACGAUUACGUUUUCGACGCUGCGACUGAGGAGCAAACUAAAAAACAAGCGUCGAAUUUGGAAGAAGACGAGAAGGAUCAAUUGGAUGAUAAAUUGGAGGACGUUGAGAUGCACGAGGAACCAGAAUCGAAGAACGAAGAGGAAGAGACGAAGAAGGAACAGCCUCGGAAAUUGUCAGAAAACAAACAAGAUAAGUCUGAAGCGAACGUGAGAGGUGAAAAGUCGAACGAUGCGGAACAAAUUGAGAUAAGAGGAGGCGAAGUCGAAGGCGAGACCGUGGAAACGAGCCGUGUUUUGCGAGGAAACGAAUCCACCAUUCACACAAAGUUGUCGGAAUUCGAGUGUAACGAUCUGCCUGUGGAUGUCGCCCAAAGGAGAUCCGAGAUCGAGAGUAUGCUAGGUCAGUGCUCUCGAGGACCAUCCUCGAUGGAAGCAACAAACGCCUGGAGUUCGAUAAGCGCCUUAACCGAAUCAGCUGCCAGGGAAUUAUCUGAGAAACUGCGGCUGGUGCUAGAACCGACGCUCACGUCCCGAUUGAAGGGCGACUACAGGACUGGCAAGCGCAUAAACAUGAGGAAAGUGAUCCCUUACAUUGCCAGUGAAUUUCGAAAGGACAAAAUUUGGCUGAGACGCACGAAACCCUCGAAACGAGACUAUCAGAUAAUGUUAGCCAUCGACGACUCCAGCAGCAUGGCCGAUAAUCACUCAAAGGAGCUAGCGUUCGAGUCCCUCUCGUUGAUCGGCAAAGCUAUGACCUAUUUGGAGGUGGGUCAGCUUGCUGUCGUCAAUUUCGGGGAACGGGUGAACGUUCUUCAUCCCUUUGGCGAGAAUUUUACGGAGGAGAGCGGCGCCAGAUUGAUACAAGAAAUGAAAUUUGACCAGAGGAAGACGAUGAUCGGCGAGCUGCUCGAUUUUGCGAUAGAGAUGUUUGCAUGUCAAGGCCAUUCCUCUGACAACGCGAAACUAGUAACUAUCUUAUCGGACGGUAGAGGCAUAUUUUCAGAAGGGACAGAAAGAGUAACUGCAGCUGUGAGGAGAGCCAAAUUGUUGAAUAUCUUUCUCGUCUUUAUAAUAGUCGACAAUCCCCUGAACAAGGAUUCAAUACUCGAUAUAAGGAUGCCAAUUUUUGAAGAUGGAAGAUUACUGGGUAUACGUUCCUACAUGGACAAUUUUCCAUUCCCGUUUUAUAUCAUUCUUAGAGAUUUGGAUACACUGCCUGUUGUGCUAAGCGAUGCGCUCAGACAGUGGUUCGAAAUUGUUGGCAGAAUCGAUACAUAAAGGCAAUUAGUAAUUAGUAAUAUGGAUAAUUGCUUUUUUAAAAUCUUUUUUUAAUAUUUUGUACUUGUAGCACUCCCUGAUGAUAUUGAAUGCAACAAACUUUUUUAUGUGAAUUUAUAUCCCCUUAAUUUUUUAGCGCUUGAAAAAGAAAAAUGUGAACUAAUUUAUUGUAUUAUUAUAAGAAAAUUAAAUAGGACGUAC